CAAGAUGGCGGCGCCCAAGCGCGGUGUGGUUGAGCGGGGCAUGAAACGGGCGGGCCGCGCCCGUGGCGACGGCGGCAAGCUGGCCCGGCUGCGGCUGGCCGUGCAGGAGUUCGUGCAGGCAGCCGGAGACCAGCUGCCGCCGCCGCCGCAAGGCUCGGGGAAGCAGAGCCGGCGGAACCGCCGGGACGUGAGGAAAGAGAAGCGCCGGCUCAAGCGGAGCCGCCGCCGCCGCCUCUUCCGAGGCGAGGAGCCGGGCGAGGCCCCCGCCGCCCCGGCCAGCCCGGCUCCGGCCUUGGCCGCCCGCCCCGCCGCGCCGGGCUCGCCCCCCGCUGCCGCGCAGCAGCAGCGGCCGGAGCCGCGGCGGCGACAGCAGAAGGCGGCGCGGUCGCCGGCCCCGGCCCCGGCCGCGGCCCGCAGCGCGGCGGCCGCCGCCUCGGCGCGGAAGCGGGCCCUGCUGGAAGCCAACGCGGCGGAGGAGAAGGAGAUCCGGCGGCUGGAGCGGCGCCUGGGGCUGGGCAAGCGCCGCAGGAAGGCGGCGGGGGCCGCGGCUGCGGCGGCCGAGCUGCCGCAGAGCUUCGUGCGGGACGGGCUGGGCUACGUGCUGGGCGCGCUGGGCUCCCGGGCCACCCUCGCCGGGCUGUACGCCAGCAGCGAUGAGGAGGUCGGCCAGGGGCUCGGCGGCGAGGGCCGGGGGCCGGCGGAGGGAAGUGAGGGGCCAGAGGACGAAGAGGUGGAGGAGGAGGAUGAGGGGCUCGAAGAGGAGGAGCCGGAGGAGGAAGAUGAGGGGCUCGAGGACGAGGAGAAGAUGGAAGAAGAUGAGGGGCCAGAGGACGAGGAGGAGCUGAAGGACGCCUCUGACGCGAUGGAGGGAGCCGAGGUGGGAGGCCUCUGGGAGAGCGAGGGCAGCGGGAGCUUGGCCCCGGAGCGGGAGCAGAGUCCUGGUCUCAGUGCUACAAAGUAUGUUCCCCCUCAAGUGAGAAAAGCUCAGGAGGCAGUAGAUGACAAAAAAAGAGAAGAAUUGGGAAGACUGAAGAAAAUGGUGAAUGGUCUCAUUAAUAGGUUGAGUGAACCAAAUUUGUCCUCCAUCAGUGGACAACUGGAAGAGCUCUACAUGGCCAACAGUAGAAAGGACAUGAAUGAAACUCUAACAGAUAUUCUUAUGAAUGCUUGUGUUACUGCAGUUGCAAUGCCUACAAGAUUGAUGAUGGAGCAUGUCCUUUUGGUCAGCAUUCUUCAUCAUACAGUAGGAAUUGAGGUUGGUGCUCACUUUCUGGAAGCUGUGGUGAAGAAGUUUGAUGAAGUCUAUAAAAGUGAUGCUGAAGGGAAAGAAUGCGAAAAUCUAUUUGCUUUGAUUGCCCAUCUGUAUAACUUCCACGUAGUUCAUUCCCUCCUGAUCUUUGAUAUUCUGAAGAGGCUUGUAAGCACAUUCACAGAAAAGGAUAUUGAGUUGAUUUUGUUUCUUCUGAAAAAUGUGGGCUUUUCGUUAAGAAGAGAUGAUCCAUUGGCUUUGAAGGAACUGAUUAGUGAAGCACAGGGCAAAGCAAACACAGUGGAGAAGAAACUUCAGGAUCAGACUAGGGUUCGUUUUAUGCUAGAGACUAUGUUGGCACUGAGAAAUAACGACAUGCGUAAGAUUCCUGGUUAUGAUCCUGAACCAGUUGAAAAACUCCGCAAAUUGCAAAGAACACUGGUUCACAACAGUGGUUCUGGAAAAGAAACUCAGCUCCGUGUCUCCCUGGAAUCUCUCCUCAAUGCUGAUAAGGUUGGUCGCUGGUGGAUUGUAGGUUCAUCCUGGAGUGGAGCACCGAUGAUAGAAGAUACAAACAGCAAGACUCAGCAAAAAUUGCAUAUAGGAAAGGUGAGUUCAAAGAUAAUGGAGCUUGCUCGUAAGCAGAGAAUGAACACUGAUAUCAGAAGAGGUAUUUUUUGUGUCUUAAUGACAAGUGAAGACUUCCUGGAUGCCUUUGAAAAGCUUCUGAAGCUUGGACUGAAAGAUCAACAAGAGAGAGAAAUUGUUCACAUUAUCCUUUACUGUUGCUUACAGGAGAAGACAUAUAACCCCUUUUAUGCGUUUUUGGCCAGCAAGUUUUGUGAAUAUGAAAGACGAUUCCAGAUGACAUUUCAGUUCAGUAUUUGGGAUAAAAUCCGAGACUUGGGAAACCUGUCAACCACUGCUGUCUCCAAUUUGAUUUCACUGUUAGUUCACUUGUUAAGGACAAAAUCGUUACCGCUUUCAGUUCUCAAGGUAAUUGAAUUCAGUGAACUAGAUAAACCCAAUGUCCAUUUCUUGCGACAAGUAUUAAGCACGCUAUUAAUCAAAACAGAUGCUGAAGAUCUUAGUGACAUUUUUGGGAGGAUAUCUGAGAACCCGAAAUUGGGAAUGCUACGGGAAGGUUUGAAGCUUUUCCUUACCCACUUCUUACUGAAAAAUGUGCAAGCCCACAAAAGCGGUGAAGAAGCUAGCUUCUUAAAAGAAAGAGUUGAACUAGCAAGCAAGGCUUUGCAAGCAAAAGAAUCCAGACUGAAACUAUAAUUCUGUUUUUCAAAUAAAACAUAUAUGGGAAAAAUGAGGUCUACAUGACAAUACAAAGCUUUACGUAAGCCUUUCAGACCCAGAACAGAGAAUGAGGGGAAUGGUAUUGCUGUAAAGCAUCUGAUGUUUCGAUGUAAACAAUUGCUUUACUCUACAUACUAGUUACAAGUUUGAAGGUUAUAUGGGACCCUUCUAAAGAAAGGGGAAAAAGUAUUUUCUGUAACAUGCCUUUUCAGUAUCUGUACUUCAAGUCGAUUAUUGACAUUAAGAGAAGAGGCUGAAUUUCUCUUAGAUUGUACUUCCAGUCAGCAGCAGUGCUCAGCACUGGAUAUUCUAACCUUUCUUUUAUUCUUUUUUUUCUUUUCUUUUUCUUUUUUUUUUUAACAUAUAGUGAUCAGUAUUCUACAGUUUUAACCAAAGCUUUUAAUAACUAAUCGUUGUACUUUGAAAAAACAGGCCACUAGAUGGCAUAACUGCUGGUGAGUCUGUUUUGGAAGAAAGUAACUUUUUUUAAAAAGUGUUGAAUAUAUCAGCUAAUUCUGUGAAUUGUUUAUGUGACUGUGGGUCAGGAAGAGAUCUCAGAUGGAUUCGAAGUUAAAAUAAAAAGCCCAUGAUGAUCUGACUUUGCCCAAUUAUAUUGGGUUUAAAGAUCGCAGCAUAGCUUUAUGCUAUUUUCACCUGCUUUUCUCAGCUUUUUAAGUUGGAGUUAUCAGUCUUACUGCUUGUGAAAAUCAGAUUUUACUAGACAUAAAGAAUAAUAUCAAUGUCAGUCUUUUGAUAAGAAAAUACCUUCUCUUGCUCUUGCUUUCACUUUCCACUCAAAUGUUUAAGAAAAAUGUACCUUUCUUUGUAUAACAAUAUUGACUGGGCCGUUUCUUUUGUUGCCUUCAAACUACAUAUUAAACUAUAGUUUCGGGAGGGGCGGUUCUGUUUGCGUUGUUUUUAUUGGCAGCUUUUAGGUGUACAACAAAAUGGCUAUUUCCCCACAGUUAAAUCUCACAUGCAAAAGACAAAAGAGGAAAAAAUGUUAAUAAAAAUAUUUCUAAAAAAUCGUACCA